AUGUUAAUUAAAAACAAUGUAGAAAGGAUAUCCAUAUUUCCUAAUAAAUCUCUUCAAAAAUAUACAGAAAUGAUUCUUAAACAGAUUGAAUCUAUAGAAAAAAAGUCUUUUCCAAAAAACGAAAUCAUGUCCAUUAAGGAAGAAGUUUCAAAGAAAACCAAUACCUUGUUAAUAGUUUAUCAUGAAACUGACGAGAUAAAAGAAAGGAAAAGGAUUGGAUUAGGAGAAAAGUUAUUAAAGAGUGCAUUGGAAAAGAUGAAUGUACCAAAGAGAAGCAAAGCUGAUUUACAUGUUGACAUUGAAAGGGAGGCUGCAAUUAAUUUAUACAAAAAAAUUGGUUUUAAGGCGAUUAAAAGAGUUGUAAAUUAUUAUGAAUUUGGAAGAGAUGCUUGGUUAAUGGAAUUUCGUGAAGACGAAUAA